AUGUUGCGGAAGAGGGCGGGCGCGCGCUGCGCGCAUGCUGGAUCCUCUGGUCGUUUGCAGACCCGGCCAGGUGGCUCAUCGUGCCGACCCAAAAUAUCAGGACCCUCCGACUUUUGCCAUCUACAAUCCGUUGCUCCGCCGGCCCGAAAGGAAAGUCAUCUGCCGUCUCACUCGCAGGGCCAUGUUUUGCUGCAGCAGAAUUACUUUCAACCUCUGGAGCUGAGCAUCCAUGCUCCGGCCAAGGCCGAUUCAUCAGCGCUUGUGCCCCCUGACUCGCCUCGAGCCGUCCCCAAGAACUCCCUGGCAUGCUUGGACCCCUGGGCUGACCAAGUUCACGAUCUUGUACGUCGACGGAGCCAGUCAUCCAUGUCGUUCCACAUCCCUCGCCGUCUUGUGCCCGGGAGCACGGCACUCGCCCGCCAGGAGGGUGCGGCUGUUGCCCCUGCAAAGCCGCUCAAGCACGAAGACCGUUUUCGUCUGCGCACGCCGCCGGAGAUCGAGGCCAUCAAGGAGCGUGUUGCCAGUGCCAUGAUCGAGAUGGAGCUGCUGCAGAAGCGAAUCGAGCAUGUCAGCGAAUGCCAAAGCCGUUCUGCGCACUCCAUCGUGCGCAUGAGGCCCGCAGUCGUUGACAGAUCUGGAUCCGGUGCCUGCCACCAUCCGAGCCUCGCCGCCGGCCGCGCCCUCGUUUUCAGCGCGACUCAGCGCUGGCUGCGAACGACCACAGACGGCGCCGGCACGCCGAGAAUGGCCGACCAUCGGCCAGACAAGGAUGCAGGGCAGCAAAGCUUGCAUCUCGAGCAAGCCCGUGCCCCUGUGUCGGGACGGCAACAUCCUUCAUCCCGUCCUGCCUCCUCUGAUGACGCGACCGCCGCUGCGCAAGAAGAAGUCAUUUCUCUGUCUCUCUCGCAUGCCUAA